AUGCCUCUACCUCCUCCCUUGCCUUUGAUGAUGUCGAUAGAUCACUAUUCCAGCACGACUCCGUUCUCCUCUCCCACAGCAAAUACACUCUUCUCUCACACAAUACUCCUAUCGCCGCAAAAUGGAAACAAACUCUUGCGCACAAAUAAACAGAGCACACCGCAAAGAAUGGCCGACGGGAUAUACAAAGGAAGUUACCGCGCGUUUUGGGGGGGAGGAGAGCGCGGACAGAACUUGAUUGAAGAGGAAGACGUCUGCAAAUUAAGCUCGAAACUGAGAUGUUUUAGAUGCUGUGAGCUAAUUAAGCUGACAUCCGCCAGACUCAUCUCUUGUUCGCGUAAUGGUAACCAACCUGUUGCUAUUGAUGCCAGCUUUGAAGACGAUAUUAUUUUAACUCAAACGGUUUCUCCUCGUGCUACCAACUAUGAUGUGUUCCUUAGCUUUAGAGGAGAAGACACUCGCCACAAUUUUGCAAGUAAUCUUUACAAAGGACUUCGAAAUGCGGGCAUUCACACUUUUAUGGAUCAUGAACUUCGAAAAGGAGAACCAAUCUCACCGGUUCUUCUAAGAACUAUAGAGGAAUCAGAAAUAUCUGUAAUUAUUUUCUCUGAGAAUUAUGCUUCUUCAACUUGGUGUGUGGAUGAGCUUGUUCAUAUAUUAGAAUGCAAGCGUAAAUUUGGAAGGGUUGCAAUACCUAUUUUCUAUGAUGUAGAUCCCUCAGACGUACGCAAACAAAAUGGGAAUUUUGGAAGAGGAUUUGAUGUAUUGAAGCAAAGAUUUAAAGACAACCAACAAAAAUUGCAAAAGUGGAGAAAUGCUUUAUUCCAAUCCACAGGUCUCUCUGGAUGGGAUUCUCACAGCACCAGACCUGAAUUCAAACUUAUUGAAGAGAUUGUCAAGGAUAUUUUGAGGAAGUUGAGCUAUGCGUCAUCAUCUCAUCUUGAAGGACUCAUUGGCAUUGCUCGACAUAUUAAAAACAUUCAAAGGCUUCUGAGUGAGGCUCGCAUUGUGGGAAUAUGGGGUAUGGGCGGUGCUGGUAAGACCACAAUUGCUAAAGCCAUAUUUCAAGAGUUGAAAGCUCAAUUUGAUGCUUUCUCCUUUAUUGAAAAUGUCAAAGAGCAAUUAAAAAGAAUUAGUUUGGAUGAGUUGCAGAAGAAUUGCCUCAAAGAAUUAUUAAAAGAUGAGGAUAUUAGCAUCUAUGAAAUAAAAUCCACUUUUGUGAAAAAUAGGCUUCAGAACAAAAAAAUUCUUCUUAUACUUGAUGAUGUGGACAAUUCAAUAGUAGCGGUAGAUUUAACCAAGGUACUUGAUUGGUUUGGAGAAGGAAGUAGAAUUAUUAUCACAUCAAGGGACAUGCAAGUGCUGAAGAAUGCUUCUGCGGCAUUUUCAACAUAUCAUGUUCCGGAUUUGGAUUUUGAAGAUGCUUUUCAUCUCUUCAAUUUGAAAGCAUUCAAGCGAGAUGAGCCAUCUAAAGGUUACAUGGAGUUAUCAAAAUCAGUAGUGGAAUAUUGUCACGGAAACCCAUUAGCCCUAGUAGUGCUGGGUUGCUUCCUCUAUGGCAGACAAAAAGAAGAGUGGGAAAGUGCUUUGGAAAAACUAAAUCAAGCUCCACCCAAGGACAUUGUUGAUGUUCUGAAGUUGAGUUUCGAUGGACUUGAUGACAAACAGCAGAAUGUGUUUCUUGACCUAGCAUUCUUAAUCAAGCAAGGAGUUCGUAUUUCUAUGAACCUAAUG